UUGAAGACUGAGGAUGAAAUUUUCCCUAAAUAAUUUCAAAUGCUCCUUUCUUCAACCCUAAAAACUCCAGCCCUCUUCUUUCCUGUUUCCACAAAACCCUCUCAAAAGCUACAAAAGCCACCAUCCCGAAAUUCAAGCUUAUAUAUUUAUAGAAUAUAUAGAUACAUACAUACAAACCCUUGUAUCUAUAGUUUUUAGGUCUGAAAUGCACCAGAGAUAUGCAGAAGCUGCUGCGCAGAAGCCCAUCUGGCCACCCAAUUUUAUCCGUUAAUUCUUCCCUCUCUCUACCCUGCUUCCUCUCCCAAGGGUUUUACGGUACCCGAAAUAGUGUGAAAAUGCCCUCAUCUGCCGCCGCUUCCUUCCACCAGCCCCUCCACCACGGUCCCGAAAAUCCCAUAUCCACUGCGGCAGCCAAGAACCUCAAGUUUACGAAACUGGCCUCUAACAAUUGUCAUCUGUGUAGGUGUGCCAUCGAAAAUGGUAGUCGUAGUAUUAGCGGGGGGAGUAGUAAAGUUCCAUCGAGGGCUUGGGUUGUGUUGAAGGAGAGUAAGUGUGGUAAUAAGAAUGGGCCUCGUGCUCUGUGGUUUAGGACGCUGGUCGGGAGCUCAGAUAAGGGGGCUGAGUUUGCCGUCACGGAGGCUAAGGGAGUGGAUAAUUUGGAGUACGGAAAAGGUGCGGAGGAGAGGCAAGUGAGAGUGCAGAGGAGGCAGAGAAAUAGUGGAGUUGGAGGUGGGGUGGUUGUUGGGAACCCGGAUUUGUUGACAAUACCUGGAGUCGGGCCGAGGAAUUUGAGGAAGCUGGUAGAGAAGGGUUUUGAUGGUGUUGCUCAGCUUAAACGGCUAUAUAAAGAUAAGUUUUUUGGGACAUCCAGUCAGAAAAUGGUUGAGUUUUUACAAAGUUCGGUUGGAAUCAUACAUAGAAACCACGCAGAAAGUAUAACUACCUUCAUCAAGGAUAGCGUGGAUGAAGAGAUGAAGGAGAACAGCUCUGAUUCGGAUAUUAAGCCUGCCCAAAAAAAGCGACUCACUUUCUGUGUUGAAGGAAAUAUCAGUGUUGGGAAGACCACAUUCUUGCAGAGAAUAGCUAAUGAAACACUGGAGCUUAGAGAUCUUGUGGAGAUUGUUCCUGAACCUAUUGACAAGUGGCAGAAUGUGGGUCCAGACCACUUCAACAUACUAGAUGCAUUUUAUGCCGAGCCAGAGAGAUAUGCAUAUACCUUCCAAAACUAUGUGUUCGUUACAAGAGUUAUGCAGGAGAGGGAGUCAUCCGGUGGUAUUAAACCCCUCAGACUAAUGGAAAGGAGUGUUUUCAGUGAUAGAAUGGUCUUUGUGAGAGCUGUUCAUGAGGCAAAAUGGAUGAAUGAGAUGGAGAUCAGCAUUUAUGACUCGUGGUUUGAUCCAGUUGUUUCAAGUUUGCCUGGUCUUAUUCCUGAUGGUUUUAUCUACCUAAGAGCAAGCCCUGAUACUUGUCACAAGCGUAUGAUGCUGCGCAAGAGAGCAGAGGAAGGUGGAGUCUCUCUAGAAUAUCUGCAGGAUUUGCAUGAGAAGCAUGAGAGCUGGCUUUUUCCUUUCCAAAGUGGAAAUCAUGGGGUUCUGUCUGUCAGUAAGCUACCCCAGGAUGCUGACUGGUCUUUGCAUCCGUAUAUAAGGGACCGUGUCUAUUAUUUGGAUGGUGAUCAUAUGCAUUCAAGCAUCCAAAAGGUAUUAUGCCUUAAUGCUACAAUAGACACAUUUUAUGAUAUGGGACUACUAAAAGGAACAUCAAAAGAACGUAUAUCUAUAUAA